AUGACCAGAACAGUAAAGGACAUGAGGAUCGCCAUCAUUGGCGCUGGAAUGGGUGGUCUCUCUUGCGCACUUGCCCUAGCUAAAGAAGGAUUCACCCAGAUUGAUGUUUUCGAAUAUGCUUCCGACCUGGGCUUUGUCGGUGCUGGCAUUCACUUCGCGCCGAAUAUGAGCCGUAUUCUUGACCGUUUAGGCGUAUGGGAAGAGAUCAAGAAAGAAGCCGUGGAGGCCGAAGCCACAAGUAUUCGAGUUGGCGCUACGGACGAUGAGCUGGCGAAAGUGCCCCUCGGUUAUGUCGAACCCACCUACGGCUACCCCCAUAUGGUCGGGCACCGUUCGUCACUGGCGAACGGUCUGUUCAACGGCUGCAAGAGAGAAACUGCGAUCAAAUUCCACUUCUCCAGUAGCGCAAUUACCACCUCAUUCGGGGCCUGUCCAUCCUUGCUGGUGACCCCUCGGGACGACAGUCCUCCAUACACCGUGGAAGCCGAUAUCAUCCUCGCCGCCGACGGCAUCAAGAGCAAAACCCGCGUCGAGAUGCUGAAGAAACUAGGCGUCACAGCCAAGGUGCAGGACACCAACCAAGCCGCCUACCGAAUCAUGAUCCACAGAGACCAGAUCGAAGACGACCCCGAGCUCCUCGCCCUCAUGGACGGCAACCAGGUAACCCGCUGGAUCGGCGAGAAGAGACACAUCAUCGCCUACCCCAUCUCCAACAACACAAUCUACAACAUGUCCACCACACAACCAGACACUAACUUCGCAGCCGCCACCGACGCCACCUACACAACCCGCGGGUCCAAAUCAGCCAUGCUGGGCGUCUUCCACGACUUCUGCCCCAAGAUCCACCGCCUGCUGAACCUCGUCCCUGACGGCGAGGUCUGCGAGUGGAAGCUGCGCGUUCACGAGCCCAUCCCCACCUGGACUCUGGGCUCGGUGGCCCUCGUCGGCGAUGCCUGCCAUCCGACCCUCCCACACAUGGCCCAGGGCGCAGCCCAGGCCAUCGAAGACGCCGCCGUGCUCGGGGUCGUCCUGUCGAGACUCCCAGAUCCCACACCCGAGUCCAUCAGCAGGGCGCUCCGUGUCUACGAGAGAAUCCGCAAGGGGCGCGCAGAGGCCCUCGUUGGCCUUGCUGCUGCCACGGGCCGUGCGAUGCAUCUGGGUGAGGGGGCUGCCAAGGAAGAGCGCGAUCGCCAGUUCGCUGCCUUGAGGAAGAGAGGCAGGGGUCCCGUCCCUGAUAAAUGGGCCGAUGCAGAGAUACAGGCCGAGGUCUACGGGACGGAUUGCACGAAAGAUGCGCAUCUCAUGUUCGACACUCUUUUUGAGCAGAUGUGA